AUGUCGUGUGGCACAAGAGAGGCGCUGGUCUUUGGCAUGGGGCUGAUCACGGGCACAGGCACCACUCUGUACAUCUUAUACGGUGUGGACUCGGUUGGCCUCGAUGGAGAGGUGAGGAAGUUCGAGAAGCCAAUCUUCCAGACGUGGCUCAUGUUUUUGGCCAUGGUAUUCGCACUCCCCAUCCACUGGGCCUACCACUACCACGUCGAGCGGCAAUGGCGCAACAACCGCAACGGCAUGAAAUAUCGUUACCGAAUUCCGCGCAAAAUGUAUUUCUUGCUAGCACUCCCAGCAGCUUUCGAUCUACUGGCAACUUUCGUUGCCAACAUCGGUCUUCUAUACGUGACCGUUAGUGUUUUUCAGCUCAUGAAGUGCACAGUCAUCAUCUUCGUGGCGCUACUGAAAGUAUUUGUGCUCAAAGACCGACUACGCAGCUACAUGUGGAUCGGUAUCGGUCUCAACAUGUUAGCAGCGUUAAUGGUGGGCGCUACAAGUCUCGCAGACUCCGACAGUCAAGAUAACAAUUCGGGCCAAUCAACAUCCAGCAUUCGGCGUAUUUAUGGUGGUACUUAG